AUAUAUAUAUAACAAGGGACAAAGGCUGGCUACCACAUCGAUUUCCAUAAAGAUUUCGACCCACAACCUUAUUUUUCCUUUUAAUUUUUUAAGUGACUUCGAAAAAUUUUGAGAAGCCCCACUUCCCCCUGAGUUUUUUUUUUUGUUUUUUGUUUUCUUCUUUGGUCUAUAGGCUUGGCGUUGAAAAUUCCCUUUUGAACCCAAAAUCCCAUUGCUCCUAGACUUUUGUUUCUCAACUUCCUUCUGGAUUUCUGGGUUCCUUUGUUUUUUAAUUCUGUGAAAUGAAAAGAAGCUGCUAAGGUCGAGAAAUUGAAACCAAUGAUAGGGAGAAAGACUUCACCAGGUUUUCUGGUGCUUUUGGCUCUUGGGUUUUUGCUUGCUUCUUAUAAUUUGAUCACCAUGUCUGUACACUACAAAGCUCCGAAAGGAAGUUGGUUAGCAGAACGAGCAGGGAAAACCAAUUCGAAAUACCAUGUUGCUGUCACUGCAACUGAUGCUCCUUAUAGUCAAUGGCAGUGCAGGAUCAUGUAUUAUUGGUAUAAGAAAGUGAAGGAUUUACCUGGCUCUGACAUGGGAAGCUUCACUAGAGUUUUGCAUUCAGGAACUCCAGAUAAUUUAAUGAAAGAGAUUCCAACUUUUAUUGUUGAUCCUUUGCCAGAAGGAUUAGAUCGGGGCUAUGUUGUUCUAAACCGACCGUGGGCUUUUGUGCAAUGGCUAGAGAAAGCAAACAUAGAAGAAGAGUAUAUACUAAUGGCAGAACCCGAUCAUAUAUUUGUUAAGCCGUUACCAAACUUAGCCCAUGGAAAGAAUCCAGCUGGAUUUCCGUUCUUCUACAUAAAGCCAGCUGACCAUGAGAAGAUCAUCAGGAAAUUCUAUCCUGAGGAGAAUGGUCCAGUGACCAACAUUGACCCCAUUGGAAAUUCUCCUGUUAUCAUUGAAAAGACGUUGCUGGAGGAGAUUGCACCGACGUGGGUGAACAUAUCCUUGAGAAUGAAAGAUGACCCAACUACUGAUAAAACAUUCGGUUGGGUGCUUGAGAUGUAUGCUUAUGCUGUAGCUUCUGCAUUGCACGGUGUGCGGCAUACGCUCCGCAAAGAUUUUAUGCUGCAGCCUCCUUGGGAUUUAGAAGUUGGUAGAAACUUCAUCAUUCACUAUACCUAUGGAUGUGAUUACACUAUGAAGGGAGAACUAACAUAUGGUAAGAUCGGGGAGUGGCGCUUCGACAAGAGAACGUAUCUCAAUGGUCCUCCACCAAGAAAUCUUUCCUUACCUCCUCCCGGAGUUCCUGAAACCGUAGUAAGGCUUGUAAAGAUGGUAAAUGAGGCAACUGCAAAUAUACCUGAUUGGGGGGAAUCAUAAACUGAUAUGGGAAGUAACAACAACAAUCAAACCUCUUUGGGUUUUGGUAAAUAGAAUACAACUAUGGUGGGUUUUGUGAUUAAAGUCACCAAAAUACCAAUCAGCUUGAGCAGAGAAAGCAAUACAGAGAGAGGGAAGUGUAACAUGGGAAAAUAAAUGUAUACUUUUUAAUACUAAACUUUUGAGAGAAACUUAAUAAUAUACCAUUAGAUUCUUUAGCACAAAGUAUAUUCUCGUGAUUUGUAGCACGAAGAUUCAAGAAUUUUGUCAUGUAAAAAAUAUACUAUUAUUAUUAUUAUUAUUGAAAGGUUGAAUGCAUAUGUCAACCCUUCAUUGCAAUAGUUUGGGUAUAAUGUUAACUAUAUACCAUUACUUUUGUUUUUUUGGGUUUGUCUUGGACAUAUCCCAUUAA